ACCUGGUUGAAGCAGAGCCCAUUGGGUGUAUAAAUCCUGGAUACUGAGCUUUACACCAGUAGCAGUUUUCCUCCCCCCAUUGGAGUACUAGUGACUUGUGAGCAUCAGCAGUCACCGCGGAGCACUUGUAUCAGAAUGUCCAAGAAAGUGUUGAUUGUGUAUGCCCAUGAGAGCCCUGCCUCUUUCAAUGCUGCUGCCAAAGAUGCUGCUGUGGCAGCUUUGACUGCUCAAGGCUGCACUGUAGAGGUGUCUGACCUGUACGCCAUGAAGUUCAAAGCUGCUGCUACAACUGAGGACAUCACUGGUGGAGUGAAGGAUGCUGAGAACUUCUGCUACGCAAAGGAGAUCAAAUUGGCAUCAGAGGAGGGCAGACUUGCAGAAGACAUCAAAAAAGAGCAGGAGAAGCUCAAGGAGGCAGACCUUGUCAUCUUUCAGUUCCCCAUGUACUGGUCAUCUGUUCCUGCAAUCAUGAAGGGGUGGAUGGAUCGUGUGUUGGGCUUUGCCUACGCACAGGAGAAGCGGUACAGUGAGGGCAUCUUCAAGGACAAGAAAGCCAUGCUGUCCUUCACCACUGACUGUCCUGAAUCUGUGUACAGUGACACUGGCAUCAAUGGUGACAUCAAUGUCACACUGUGGCCACUGCAGAACGGGAUCCUGAACUACUGUGGCUUCCAGGUUUUUGCCCCUCAGAUCUUCUGGGAUCCUGCUACUGGUUCUCCUGAAUCUCGCAGCUCCGUGCUGGAGGGCUGGCGCACACGGCUGCAAAACCUCUGUGGGGAAGCCAGUGUGUACUUUGCUCCCUUGGACUACUUUGACAAGGAGACGGGUUUCCUGCUGAAGCCUGAGGUCAAAGAGAAAUAUGCCAGCAAAGAGUCUGGCCUCACAGUGGGGAUCCACAUGGGCAAGCCACUGCCAGCCAACAGCCAGACCAAGGCCGCGGUCUGACAAUGGAGUGGGUCCAUGUAAUGUCUUAAAAUAUGUGCUGCAAUAAAAAGGCUGCUUUAUUCUGAUUUUUGAGCAUCGAGUCUAUUAAUGAAUCAAAGCUCAAGUUGUAACUGGAUAAUGUGUGUAAAGUGGUUGUGAGUUCAGUAAUUUGGACACUACUACUGCACAAUGACUUAAAGAAACUUGCCACCUACAAGUACUCACUGACAACCCUGCAUAGCAAGUUUGUAUAGCGACUACUUCUAUA